AAAGCUAACGUCUUCAAAUCGGUUUAGCAAUCAUUGUUGUUUUUCACAUCUUAGCUACCAAAUUUCUCUCCUCCCACUUCCUUCUUCAAACCGGAAUCUUCACUUUUUUUUCUCAUCCAACUUACUCCAAGGUGAUUAAUUGAAAGGCAAGGGUUUGAAAAAGUUGUUUGGUGGAAUGAGUAGCUUAAGGCCAGAAUUGCAUGUAGCUCAGCAAAUAAGGCGUGACAAAUUGAGGUUUCAGAAUCAUUUUCAAGACAACAACAUGGAACAAUUAUUAUCAUUACACCAAGUAGCACAACCAGGGUUCAACUUGGAUCUUCUUCAACUUAGAAACAACAACAAUAACAUGGUUGUUGAUGAUGAUGAUGAUGAUGAUGAUGAAGCACAAAUUUAUUCAUCUCAAAUGAUAAAUAGUUUCUCAACUUCUCCUCAAUAUGCUUCAUUCCACCAUUCAUCUUCAAAACAACAACAAUCUCAUCAAAUCUCUGAUAAUUGGACCAUCAAUUCUUCUUCUUAUAAUUAUCAUCCAAAUGAAACAAAUUUCUUGCCUUCUCACCUUCAUAAUCAUAGUAAUAGUAAUAGUUCUUUGCAAGAUAUUGCAACUUCUUCCAUUACUCCCCAUUCUUUAAUGCAGCAUAGCAUUUGGGGAGGUGUGAAUAGUCAUAAUGCUACUAUUACUACUAUGUCUCCAUUUCAUGAGAAUCAAGCAAAUCUAUGGACAAAUAGAGGUGUUGUUGAAAACAUGGGAACUUUCUUGAGUGAUUGUAACCCUCAUCAAGGUUUAUCCUUGUCACUUUCAUCACAAUCAAAAUUACCUUCACCUUCUAGUUUUGAACAAGGGUCUUCAAAUAUGAUGAAAACAUUGAUUCAUCAAGAACCAAUUAUAAUAGGAACAACAACAUCAAACAGUAGUAAUAGUAGUUAUAGAAGUGUGGGUCCUCUUGGACCAUUUACUGGGUAUGCAACAAUUUUGAAAAGUUCAAGGUUUUUGAAACCUUGUCAAGAGUUGUUAGAAGAAUGUUGUGGAUGUCGUCAAUCUGGUCCAAAAUGGGUUUCUAGAGAUGUUGUUGUUGAUGAUGAAAAUGGUGUUUGUGGUAGUAAUUCAGGUUCUAUGUUGUUGUAUGGUUCAAAAGAGAAAGAGAAUAGUGUUGCUGAUGCUGAUGCUGGGAAUAGUUUUUGUCUCUCUUCUUCUUCUUCUCGGCCUGAGUGCCAAAAGAAUAAGGCUCAAUUACUGUUCAUGCAACAAGAGGUUAGCAGAAGACACAAGCAAUACCAUCAACAAAUGCAAAUGGUUGUUUCAUCUUUUGAAUCAGUAGCAGGUCUAAGUUCAGCAACACCAUACAUUUCCUUGGCACUCAAGUCACUAUCAAAACACUUUAAAUCACUUAAAAAUUCGAUCACAGAUCAACUAAAGAUUACAUGUCAAGUAUUGGGAGAGGACUUUUCAAUACUACCACCAACCAUAACAAGCAGCAGUAGUAAAAUUGACAGUAGCAAUAAUGUGACAAGGAUAAGGUGCAUGAACCAUAGCAUUCAAAAGAAUUAUUCUGGAGGUAAUAGUAAUGUUGACUUUGUUGAACCUCAACAACAUGUUUGGAGGCCCCAGAGAGGCUUGCCAGAACGUUCUGUGGCAAUUCUUAAAGCUUGGUUAUUUGAACAUUUUCUUCAUCCGUACCCCACGGACACGGAUAAACACAUGUUAGCUACACAAACAGGUCUAUCAAGAAACCAGGUAUCAAAUUGGUUUAUAAACGCGCGAGUUCGAGUGUGGAAACCAAUGGUGGAAGAAAUACACAUGCUUGAAUCAAAAGGAAUAACAGAAAGUGAGAACAAUAGUACUAAAAAUGAGGCAAGCAGAGGAGUUGGAAGAAAUGGAAUGGCAGAAAAGGAAUUUCAAUGUAUGGAAAUGGGGUCAUCAUCUUCAACAGGCAUUAACAAUGUUGAAAAUGAUAAAGAGCAAUGGAACAAUAUUAAAGAGAAAAGGUCGAAAUUGGAAAAUGAGAUUACAGAAAACAUGGAUACAACAACAGUGAUGGGUGGUUUUAUGCCAUAUCAACGUGGUUCUGUGUCACUGACAUUGGGUUUGAGACAUGGCGUUGAAAAUGUACAACAACAGUUACAGCAUGAGGUAGAGCUUAGACAUCAAUUUGGAGGACAUAUGAUCCAUGAUUUCGUUGGUUAAUUUGCUAGAGAGUUUUAAAUGACCAAAUUGACCUUUUGCUACGGAGUUGCCACGUGGCGUCAUUGUGUGAAACAAAAGCAAAGACCCCACUUUGGUUGAGAGAAGUAGGAAGUAAAAUAGCCAAUGUGUUUGUUUCGAUGGAUUUGUAUCCUUUACAUUCAUGCGUUAAGAAGUUGUACACUAUUCAGCUCAUAAAAAUUAGCCUCUAAAAGUAUUUCUAUGAUUUCGUCACAUGGAGUUAAUUUUUAGUGAAGCAAAAAA